CAACCAAAAAACAAAUAAAAACAAGCGAAUCGAAACCGUCCAUACUCUAAAAGUACACGAGGGUAUAAAUGUCAUUUCAUCAAUAUUCAUGUAUUAUUCAUCGAUUCGUUUGGCCUUUCCAGCGUUCUUCUUCUGACAUUUACCAAAAUUCAUCAAUCUCUCUCUCGCCGCGCCUUUUCGCCGGAAGUACAUAACUUUCGCCGGGAUUUGUCGUCUACAACGGACCUUCGAGCGCAAGGCUAUUUAAUCGGAAGAAUUUGGAGUCACGGAGGAGCAAAAAAACAAAAAGAGAGACCCUUUAUGCUGAGACGGUUUAAUUUGUAUCUGUGGUUAUAGAAAGGAAUAUGCGUUGAAAUGGAGCCGUAGAGAGUUAUUCUGAUCGGUGGUUGAAGCUUUGUCAUUUGCAUUUCGUGUUAAUCUGAUUAUAGACUCUUUUAAAUUGCUUCUCGUCGUAAAGGCGCUUGCUUUUGUGGGUAACUUAUCUCGAUUCUUCUGAAAGACGUAGAAAGAGAGAAGGUUGUGUGUAGAUAUUUGGAAUGGGGAGGGUUUUGGUGAUGUUGACGGCAGCUGCGGCUGUGGUGGCUUGUUCAAUGGCGACGGUGAUGGUGAGAAGGAGGAUGAAAGGGAGGAGGAAAUGGAGGAGGGUGGUGGGUAUACUGAAGGAUUUGGAGGAGGCGUGUGAGACGCCGUUGGGAAGGUUGAGGCAGAUGGUUGAUGCCAUAGCUGUGGAGAUGCAAGCUGGUUUGGUUUCUGAAGGAGGGUCAAAGCUUAAAAUGCUGCUCACUUUUGUUGAUGAUCUUCCCAAUGGGAGCGAGAGAGGAACUUAUUACGCCCUUCAUCUUGGAGGCUCUUACUUUAGGAUAAUAAAGGUUCAUCUGGGUGGUCAAAGGUCAUCUCUUGAAGUUCAAGAUGUUGAACGACAUUCCAUACCGACAUCUUUGAUGAAUAGCACCAGCGAGGUUCUCUUCGACUUUCUCGCAUCAUCCUUGCAGAGGUUUAUUGAAAAGGAAGGGAACGAUUUCAAUUUGUCACAACCUGUAAAAAGGGAACUUGCGUUUACUUUUUCUUUCCCAGUCAAGCAAACAUCUAUUUCAUCAGGAGUUCUAAUUAAAUGGACCAAAGGUUUUGCAAUUAGUGAAAUGGCCGGGGAAGACAUUGCUGAAUGUCUACAAGGAGCGUUGAACAAAAGAGGGCUAGAUAUUCGCGUUGCAGCUCUUGUGAAUGAUACUGUUGGGGCAUUAUCCUUUGGACAUUUUCAUGACCCAGACACAAUUGCCGCUGUUGUCUUUGGAACAGGUAGUAAUGCAUGUUACCUUGAACGAACUGAUGCCAUAAUCAAGUGUCAAAAUCCACGCACAACUUCUGGAAGCAUGGUGGUCAAUAUGGAGUGGGGAAACUUUUGGUCAUCUCGUCUGCCAAGAACUUCAUAUGACCUUGAGUUGGAUGCAGAGAGUAUGAACUCAAAUGACAUGGGCUUUGAGAAGAUGAUAGGAGGUAUGUAUCUGGGCGACAUUGUCCGCAGAGUAAUUCUUCGAAUGUCGCAAGAGUCUGACAUCUUUGGACCCAUCUCAUCUAUUUUAUCUACGCCUUUUGUUCUGAGAACAAAUUCUGUCUCAGCAAUGCAUGAAGAUGACACAUCCGAGUUACAAGAAGUAGCAAGAAUUUUGAAAGAUUUAGGGGUGUCAGAGGUACCAUUGAAGGUGAGGAAACUUGUAGUGAAGAUAUGCGAUGUAGUGGCACGCAGAGCAGCUAGGCUAGCAGCAGCAGGAAUUGCAGGAAUCUUGAAGAAGGUAGGGAGAGAUGGGAGUGGAGGAGGAAGGAGAAGCGAUAAGCAAAUAAUGAGAAGAACAGUGGUGGCAGUAGAAGGAGGUCUAUAUUUGAACUACAGGAUGUUCAGAGAAUAUAUGGACGAAGCUCUGAGAGAUAUACUGGGAGAAGAUGUGGCUCAACAUGUAGUCGUUAAGGCCAUGGAAGAUGGUUCCACCAUUGGCUCUGCAUUGUUGUUGGCUUCCUCACAAAGUGUUCAAACCAUACCAUCCGUAUGAAUUAGUUGUAUAUAUACUAAUAAAUCCGAAUGUACAUAGCCAAUUGUUUUAGACGCAUGUUGUUUGUGUAAAUAUUUUAGUUUCUUCUACUGAUGAUUAAGUAAAUAACAGUUUAUUUACGGAA